AUGGAUGGGAAGGAUGGCCUGGCCGAAGGGUUCGGGGAGCUUCUGCCCGAGGAAGCGGAGUUUGAGGUGCGAGUCAAUGACCAGGAGGGUCGCUACAUGGUCGCCAGCAAGGACCUUGAGCAGGACACCUGGUUCCUGUUGGAGUCUCCGGUGGUGUGCUGGCCCUUGUCCAAGCAGGGCGGAGCCGACGGCGUUGACGCAGGCCUGAGCGAGGUGGGCAGCUGGUGCGAGGGUUGCCUUCGCGAGCUGCCCGAGCUGCCCGAGCCCGAGCGUCGGCUGCGGCCGAGGCUCACAUCCAAGCCGCCCAGGCUUUGCGAGCCAUGUGCUGCUGGCGGUUGGGGUCAGAUGCUCACAGAGGAGGAGCUUUCGUCCUGGCGGCGCUGGCAACAGCAGCGGUCGCCCAGCAGCUGCGUGGGCUUGGAAGCCUUCGGCCGGUGCCUGGCCCGCGUGGCCCUCACGGCAAUGAAAGCUAAAGAGGCGGGGCUUCCGGGGCCGGAAGCGCUGGGCUGCGCGCUGGCUCCCUUUGAGAGGUUGCAGGGCCCGCCACAGGGCUCCGCGGUGGAGCUGCACGGUACAUCGCCGGCUGAAGUGGCGGAGACGUUGGGAUGCUCGGAGCCCUUCCGGAGCAGGCUGCAGUCCGCCCUGGGCAGCGACAGCGCCAGGUCCGCCGCCGGCGAUGCCACUUUCGCGGGGCGCAUGGGCAUCAAGGGCCUGGUGGAAGCCAACAAUUCGGCUGAGCUUCUGAGACUGGCGUACUUGCAGUCGAGGAAGAUGCGGAAGAUCACGUCGGUGGCGGCGAUGCGCUCGUCGGAAGCCACGGGGGUAGUUGCUUACAUGCAGAACGUCACGGACCCCGGCAUGGACAGCGGUCUCUUCGGCGGCAAGUUGCUUUCGAAGAUCGGUGGCCUGGCUGGCGAGAAGGACCCGCUGAAGUGGCAGAUCGACACGGGCGAGGGCUUCUUGAAGGAUGCCCCCGAUGACAUGAUGGGAGACAUGCUGGGAGCCGGCAUGGCCAUGGCGAAGGGAUUGAUGAAGAAGAAGAAGGGGAAGAAGGGCAAAGGAGGAGGCUUGGCCGGCCUGGCCAAGGGGCUGCUGUCCGCCGGCAGUCCUCCGAAGGUGGAUAUGGCGGCCUAUGAGAUGCAGAAGCAGCUGCGGAUCACCGAAGACUUCGCCCGAAGGGCGGUGCUGACUGCAGCUCAGUUGGAAGACUCUAUCGGCAAGGCCAGUGGCCUGGCCAACGAGACGGUGGGGAAGAGCGCGGAGCUGCUGAACCUGCCGGGCUUCCCACCCCAGGCCCUGCGGAGACCUCCUCCACCCAAGGGCUUCGGGGAUCGGCCCUCGGACAUGGCCCCGGCCUUUCUGGACUUCCUCUACCAGAUCCCAUGGAAGGAGCGCGUGGCGGCUGGGCCCAACUCCAUCCUUGCGAUGGCAGACCCGUACUCGGAGCCUGGCGGUGUGGGCCGAGAGGUGCACGACUUCUUCGGCUCGCCCCCGCUGCCUCCGCCUCCCGGCGGAGAUGAUGACGGGCAGGCCGGUCUGGCCGGCGCAGCCUCCGGCGCCUUGGGCGCGGCCUCCGGCGCCUUGGGCGCGGCGGCCGGAUUGGCAACGGCGUUGUAG